AUGACAGCAAGAUUGGCCCGGUGUGGUUUACUUUCUGAAAGUUUCUGUUCACAAUUCCAGUCGAGGUACAGCUCUCGAGGAACACACACGUGGAACCAAGUGCUCUCUUGUUCACUGCCUGCCCUUACUACGUUCAACAUGCGAAUGACCCUGGUCCUCGUGGUGGCGCUGGCCCUCCUCAGCUCCGCCAGUGCCCAGCGACCCUCCAGGCUGCAGCAGAUGGUCAGGGGAUUUAUGGACGACAUGAGUGACAUGGCCUCGAGAAUCGGCACUGGCAUGCUCAAGUCCAUCAACAACCGGCCGGGAGUGGCACGAGAGAAUCGCCCCGGUUUCCCCGGCCGCAAACGCCAGCGCCCCGUGCCCCUCGAUGACCUCCCGGCCCGUCAGUCCAGCGACAACUUGGUAGCUCCUAACGACCCUCAGCGCCCCCGCCCUGUGGUCCGUCAGGAGCGCCCUCGCCUGACCUUCCGCCAGUUCGUGGACGGCACCAUGGCCGGACUCAGGAACCUCUUCCCAAGGCUCACCCGCCGAAACUUCCACCGCAGUGCUCGCGACGUCCAGCAAUAAUGGAGGCACUGAGGCCAGCAAGGUGACGGGAGCUUCGCCCUCAGGAGGGGUCGAGGGGCAUGUGGUGCACCAGCAACAUGGGAGCGGGGGUGCCUACCAGGGGCCGUCCAAUGUCCCUCAAGCUGCCCUCAACCCAUACGCUGGUAACGCCGAUAGUAACACGCCUGGUGUCAGCACUGUAAAUACCAAAACACAAAAUACCAACUCAUACCACCAGAGCAUGAGCAGCGGCCGGGGACCUUCGCAACGCCAGCAAAGCUUCGGUUACCGCGGCCGCCCUUUCGGCAACCGGCGCCCACCGCCAGGAGCACCUCAGUUCCACAGUCAAAGAGACGAGCUGCUUCCUCCUGGCCCGCCCUACUCCUCCCACAGUUACGACCUAGGUUCACAUGACGGUCGUGUCCGAAGCGGGGUAGGUGGCCAGAGCAGGGAGCAGCAGUGGAACCUUCGCAGGCGCUGGGACACUCACAAAGGCAAGAUGAUUUGAGUCUGCCGAGCUAAGACGGCCGCCGCACCCAGUAAGUCUACCACACACAUACACUAAACAGCAUAAUGUCACCUGCCACUAUGCUUUUUU